AUGUUGACGUUAGCCUCAUUGAGUGACUUAAAAAAAAAAAAAAAUACCAAUUUUGUACAUAGCUAGCUACUCAGAACGCAAAGGGUUAUUUAAUUUAAAUUCACGAUAUGCACAAACAUCGACAUGCACGAUAUGAAUUAACAUGUCGUAGUUAGCUAGCUUUGAAUGUGAGCUAGCUAACAUUGUAGGUGGGCAGCCACACCGGGUUUCCAUCCCCAUGACAACACUAAAAAGUGUCUUUCAAAAAAGUGCACAUUAAAGACAAAAAAAAAGCUUUUUCAAAAUGGGGCAAAAGCCUUGUACCAAUUUGUCUUCAAUAAUUGGCGCCAUUCUUAAAGUAUGUGUAAAGAGACGAUGUGAAGCUAAUCGCAGAUGUCGCUAGCGGGGAAAGACAGUGGAAGAGAUUGAGGAUGUUGACCUAGUCCCCUGAUUUGUUCCUUUUUAGUAGUAUUUUCAAUGGAGGGAGAUUCCAAGGUUCCCCCAACCCCUUUAAGUAUUCCCCUUCACAGCGAACCUCCACCCCACCUUCUCCCACUUUCCUCCAACGCCCUGAGUUGUGAAGAUGGCAAAAAGCCUGUUGACAGGAGGAGAAGUGGCCGCAUUCAGAAGACAUCGAAGCACCGAGAGCCCAAAGACAGAGUGGCAGCUCAGAAACCGUCCAGAAGAAAGGCAUCACCCCCCAAGAGGGAGAGGGAGAGCAGCAUGGUGCAGCUGUCUCAGUCCCUGUCAGUUAAGCUAAUGAGAACCGAUACAACAGACAAACUGCUGAGAAAGAGCGAUUUGGAUCUCAAUGUUGCAUCAAGAUAUCAAAUGUCUAAGCACAAGGAAACAAAAGGCACAAACAAAGUUACUCCAUCCUCUUCCACGCACAUUUUUAAUGUGAAAACUGCUGGACAGAGUGAAGAUGAUUUUGAUUUCAACCAAUCAGACAUGGAAGCCGAUUACGACUGUGUGAAGUCCCCUGAACGACCGCCCUCAAUGGCGCAAUGGGUGAUUGGCCCAUUGUUUCAGUCGUUUAAAUCCAAGAUGGCCAGUUUCACUGAGAUUGUCAUGAGUCCAGUCCGACUUUUUAAACCUAAUGGCUCCCCACCUGAACCAGAUUUGGACAUCUCUGCUUCUCAUGGUUCUCCACAACAAGGACCUGGGUAUGGGAUAACCUCUGAAACAGUCAAGAACCCCUUUGAGGUUGGAAAAGUAGGACAUGACUCUGCCUUUCGUAAAUGCUUAAACUUCAGCAUGAACUUUGAAACCCACAGCACUCUUACCAAUAAUUUAAUUCAGCCUGAAGAUAAGCAAAGUGACACCCUUGGGUCAAACAGCUCAGAAAAGGAGAUUAAUAAUGAUUAUUUACCGUGUAAGCAGAGUAGGCGUCUACUAAGAAGUAGUAUUAAGGAUGGUUCUGAUUCAACCGAGUCCAAGUUAAACUCAUCCUUCCAACACCCUGACUCGUCAAGUGUCUCAUGUGGCCCCAAGCUGGUUCCUAAAGUUCAAAUAGAGAAACAGAAGGAUUCUACGCUUGAACUGCAAAGACCAAUGUGCCAACAACUUGUUUGUCAAAAUACAUCUGAAAUACAAAGCUGUCCUCCUGCUACAACUGGAGCAUCUGAUGCCGAGAGCUUCUCUAGUUUACCAGCUGAAAUUGUAGACUUUAAGCCCAAGGCCAAACCGCUUACAGCAAAAUGUUAUGAAGAGACAAAAGUCUGGGACUCGAAUGACAGUGAAAGAAGUAGCCCUACCUCUCCAGGGACUCUCUGUCAGGCAGAUAACAGUUCAGCAAGUGUUGGGUUGCCUCAAGACCAAAAUAUGUUAUGUGGUCACCAGUUGGGUAUCUCUGUUCGAAGAAGCCCAAGAAAACCAUUAAAUGUUAGUGUAAAUGAAAUUACACUGAAUAACCAUGCAUUAGUCAGUCAGUCUCUUCAAAAUGAGUGUGAAGAAAAGCAAAGCCAUAUGGCAGGCCGGGCAAAGAGAGCCAAGAGGAGAUGCUUAGCAGCACCUCUUACAACAAUCAAGAAGGACAGGAAAAGAGUGAAACUGAUGAAAGGAGAGAGAUGGGAAGAGGUUACAAGAACAGAAGACACCGUAGAUAAUGACUUAGAAAGUUCCACAUUAUCUCCAGUAGAACACACAAUAGAUGUAGAACCUGUCAUGCCCAGAGUAGGAAUGGAACCAUAUGAUGAACCUCACUCUCUUAAAAGGAUGGGGCUUCCUCGGGUUCAUUCUACCAUGUACAUCAAAACAACUCAAAAACCGUCUGAAACACAUGUACUUUUGAUGCAGGUGAAGGACAAGGGGGGAGGACGAAGAGAGAGUAUUAAAAAUAUGUCUCAAACACUAGAGGCCACUUCAACUGAUGGCAGUGUAUUAGAGCAUAUUAAUAGGACUUUGUGUGAUAAUAGCACAGGACCCUGCAGUAUUAGGGAUGUAACCAGUGCCUUAACAUAUGAUGGAAAUGACUGUAGUUCAGCAUGUAAUCUGGAGAUGGAAACCACCAUGACAACCACUUUGAAUCAGGAAUUUCCUGUUUCUGGGCAGCACUUAGAUGUCAUCGGGAAGAGACCUCAACCCAGAUCCAAAAGUCUGCAAAAAUACACCACCAAGAAGAGGAACAUUUCCCCAAUGGUUGAAAUUAGGUCCUCUCAUAGCAACCCUAAGUGUCCUAAGUUGAAUGAGACUGCACCAGAAGAGAGUUUUCCACUGACAUCCCGCAGGUCUGUUAAUUGGAGCUCAUCCCAAGACCGUGGCACAUCGGUGAGGCUACCUGAGGGUGUCCUUCACUUGAACUCAUUGCAGCCCAGCAAAGAUGACAAUGUCAAUGUAGAUUCUAGAUCUUCAGACAUGACUCAACCGACAUUACAUACUAAUGCAGUUGUGGAUGUCCAUAAAGAGGCAAGCUGGGAAGAAGAAAUGACUGGAUCUUGCAAAAGUUCUAAUAAAAAGGGUAACGAAUCUAGCAAAUCCUCUGUCACUAAAUUACUGGUGGCUAAGAGGUUGGAGAAACCUAUUGUUGAUGAUAAGGGAGACAGACAAGGCUCUUUCAUAGAGGACAAUAACAAGACCUCUGACUCCCAGGGACUUGAUCAAAUAAAAGUUGAAGAUAGAUCUUGGCCUUGGAAAAACUGUCCAAAAUCUUUUAUUAAAGUGAACAAAAAUCUAGUGAAAAACUAUUUGGCAAUGCAAGGAAAUGUUGUAAGGGACCCAGUAGAAGAGGUACUUUCCACUGCCUCUAAACCUCCUGACCUUAGCCAGAAUCAUACUGAUGAUGUCAUGGAGGUGGAGAAAGACGGGAAUGAGUGUUCCCAGACCCGGCUGCGGGGAAGGGGCCAAAAAAAGAAAGCACCGACUCUGAGUAAGAAGCACAGGCCUGUAGUCAAGGUGCAGCAGAAAGAAGAGAGAAUGGCAGAGGUUGGUGAGCGGUUUACUAAGAAACUGUUGCGCAGCUACUCCUGUCCAGAAAUCCCUGUCCUUGUGCACCAUGACAGCCAGCCAAACGCCUUCCUGCGGGGCAGGAUCAUCUCCGUACCUCGACUGCACCCUGCCCUCCUUCCUCCUGUCCCCCUUCCUCCUGCAUUGUCCCGGCGAGCACGUCGUCACACUGUAUCUAGUGGGGAAAUUGAGCGGGACAUUGCGCCGUUAUGCCUGCGUAAGGAGGUUUUCCCAUCUAGAAGGUCAGAUUUCUUUGGCAGCCCAUCACCAAGUACACCACUCUCGCCUUCCACGUCUAUCUCUGCCCGGGCCACCUGCUUCCUGUCAAGCCCCCUGGCUUUUCUCUCUAGGAAAUUGCAAAAAGGAAGCCAGGCUGCCACUAGUAGUGCUUGCGGUCAUGCCUCCUCUACCCCCUUCAGUGGUUUUUCUUUCACUUCAUCCUGCUCUUCUUUGCGGCACCUGUUCUCCAGUUCCGAUCCCAGUGACCUCCUGAGCCCAGACAUAUCCUCUGCUUCAGUCUCCUCCAUUUGCAGUGCAUUGUCCCAGAUUCCCCUAGAGGGUGAGGGUGAGACCAGCAAGCAGCGUGAAGAGGAUGGGGAGAAUGUUGAGAACAGUGACUGUUUCAGUCUUGAGUUUGAAGCUAUGCGAAUGAGAGAGGAAAAAGCUUUGUCAGAUUCUGAAAUUAAGUUGGAAAGCUGCAAGCAUGAGGAACGAAGGAAAGUGUCAUCGAUUCGAAUUCGCAAAGCCUUACCAAAACCCCUCCACAACCUCACACCAAUGGGCCUGCCCAAGCCUAUCCGGGUGAAGAAGAAAGAGUUCAGUUUGGAGGAAAUCUACACUAAUAAAAACUUCACCAAGCCCCCUGAAAGGCGGCUGGAGACCAUAUUUGAGGUGCCACUCAGUCGACGGGAUGGGUCUCAGGCCUUCCUUGGCCAGAAGCGCAUGAAGCGUUUUUUGGAGUUCCCUGAGGUGGGUGUGGUCAGAAAGCCAAGGAAGCCCCUUGUUGGUGCUGGGGCAGGGGGCGGCUCAUCCAGAAAAGCUGGGGUGGGCUCUUCUUUUGGAAGACCUAAGCGAGGAGUUUGCCCCUCUUCAAAAGAUGACUCCACUGUUAAUCUACUGGAGCUAGAUUCACUUCUUUGUGCCAAGCUUGAUCAACUGGAUUCCUGGUUAGCUUUCGACGAGGAGAUCUGUUGACAAAUUUCAUUCAGUAGUAGAGGGUCAUCUACUUUAAGUAUCCAAGAAGAAUGCAGAUGAACAUCAGUGUUUGAAGCACUUUUGACAAAGCAUAUUUGCCUUUCGAAAAUGUCUGUCACUAAAAUAACCUCAGUCCUAUGUCGCCUUCCGGCCAACAUCAAGCUUGUCCUUAGCUUCUGUAGGUUUGUACAACGUAUUAUUUUUGAGGGGUAUCAUUUACCGUCCAUUGAGUCAUCAUGGAGUUUUUGUGUUCGUAUUAGUAUGUGUUGAUAAUGACAUGGUAUGUGUUAUAACAUUUGGAUAUGGAUGUAAUGCAUUUUUCUUCAUUGAUUUACGUCAGUGGGUAUGAGUAGUUGUGUAUUUGAAACUGCUACCUACUGUUAGUUCUGUGCUCAUUUUAUAAAGUGCAUUCUUAAUAUGGUAGUGCCUCAGAUUUUGAAUCAUAAUUAAACCCUUUCUGAUUAUAAUUAUUUGGUGCUGAAUCCUAACUUAGGGUGACCAUGUGCAGCUCAAAUCUUUGGAUAUUUUCUAUUAACAUGAAUGUAUUUUACAGGUGGUUGUAGGCACAUGGUUCUCAAUUAGAUAUUCCAUCUUUACUGCUCAACUUCAAAUGUAAAGCAAUAUGUUCUUCUGAUGGUAAAUCUGAGCUGUAAGUGCAAACAUUUGAUUGGCAACUAGUGUCAGUGAAAAUGGGCAACUAGUGUCAGUGAAAAUGGGCAACUAGUGUCAGUGAAAAUGGGCAACUAGUGUCAGUGAAAAUGGGCAACUAGCUUCAUUUUGAAUGUAGAUUUCAAGUGGCAGCUACUUGCAAGAAAUAUUAAGCACCAUCGCUGCAUUCAGUUAAAAUGUUCACUCGAGUCGGAUGUGUCAAUCAAUACAGUCAGUUCUGGAGCAUAGCAAACACACCUACAUUUUAGGCUAAAUUGCAGCUGUGAAAUAAUGUUUAUACAGUGUUUUGCCUUUUAUAUAAUUUACAUUUAAGUAAUUAUGUAGAAACACUUAUCCUGAGUGACUUACAGUACUGAGUGCAUGUUUUCAUAAUUGUUUUGUCAGUCCUUUGAAUUGCCACCUGAUAAUAUUCCAGCCAAGUUUUGUAUUGUAUACAUGUUUAUAUCCUUCACAUCAGGGUCAUUAUUAUAGCAAGUUAAAUCUACAUUGUCCAUUUCUAAAUGUUUUAAAUUGUGUCAAAUUGGAUGUUGAAAUUGCAUGACACUCCAAUGCACACACUGAUCAAUGCAGGUUAGCACCAUUGUUUUGCAGAAUUGGUAUCCUGUAAUGCAAAUGCUUUGACAGUACAAUAUAACCCUUUGCAAAUUGCUAGUAUAUACAAAUCACUUACUUUUUUAACUUUUAUAUUUCUGAAAUAUUUGUAUGUCCUGUGUUAAGCUGUUGAAGUAAUGUACCUGUAUUUGUAUGCAUUUCUUUUUACAGCUAGAGAGUUGCUUCAUAGUGAGUAAAGAUUAUAUGUAGCUACUUCAAAUAAUGUAAAUGGGGAGGGGGGGAAUCUGAGCAAAUGUAUAUUAAUUUUAUUACAAAAUUCUUUGAACUACUUGUGUAAACACAAUAAAGUAACAACAGUUAACAGAAAUAGUAAUGUAAUCGAAAAUAAGUUUUAUAAAGGUUUGGUAACUUUAGUCAAAGGUUUAACAGUUUUCACAGUUUAAAGCAAAAACACUGCCCCAAUUUCAUUUUACCUAGUUAACAAUCUGUCCCUUUGACAUUUCCAUUUAGUUAAUUGCAUAGCAAUUAUCAAGCAGCUGAAAGUGUGCUAUUCUUAAAAAGAUCUAGUCAGGCCUUUAUGCAGGUUUUGUAUUAUGUUCAUACUGGACUUACCUUUUGCUUUGUUCAGUAUUAAACGCAUGAAUGUUAGCAAUGA